AGGUAUCAGAAUUCCCAAAGAACUAAGCAACCAAAUCAGUAACAGAAGAGGAGAGGCAAGCGGCCACCAUCACUGCGAUCUCUCUUCAGGAUCGCCUACGAAUUUCUUAUUUAAAACCCUAGAAAUUCACAUACAUUAUCAAAUCAUAAUUCAAUUUUGUUCUCCUUCGAUUUUUUCCAUCAUAUAAAUAUUUUUUCUUCAGGUUUUUUCGCGGCUUAAUUUCUAUCGGCGAUCAGCAACUCGUCUGACUCGCACACAGAAACAACAACACAAUAAACCCUAAAUCGAUCAAUGUCUACCGAGAGUGUAGAUAACAACAAUAACAACGGUGUGAAUAGCCCCACCCAAUCACGUGGCGGUGGCGGCAAAAAGGCAGUUGCGGGAAGGUCUCCGUGGGCGCAAGUCGUGUGGGCCGAAUCGGAUUCGAACGCGUCCGUUCCUUCAUCGCAGUCAGUGUCGUCGACGGCUGUGGCUGUGGUCGAGCAAGCCGAGGAAGAGAGUGCGGAGUGUGGGACUGGCAAUGCUGGCAAAAAAACAGCGUGGAAUAGGCCGUCAAACGCGGCGGCGGAUAUUGGGCCAGUGAUGGGGGCUCAUGCAUGGCCUGCCUUAUCGGAAACAACUAGGGGAUUUUCGGCAAAGUCGUCUUCUGAAUCGUUGAAAGGUUUAUCUGACGGAUCAUCAUCGUCAUCGCAGGGUUCUGGAACAUUAAAUUUAACAUCCCAGAAACAAGGCAAUAAUAAUGUGAACUCUAAUUCAACUCCAAACCAUACAGCUCUGACACGCCAAAGAUCUAUCAAGCGUAAUGGUGCAAAUUCUUCUUCAAAUGGUGGCCUUACUCAUCCACCAGCCCAACAGGGUCCUGCUGCGGAAGGCACCUUAAAUCAUCCUUCUCCAAGAGAUCAUUCUCAGCAACGUGGUUCAUUUAGAAACCGUAAUGGUAAUUCACAUCCUCGUGGAGAUGGUUCUCACUAUGGGGCUAGACGUGAUCAUGACCGUGGAAAUCAAGAAUGGAAUGCUCACCGAAAUUUUAAUGGUAGAGAUGGCCACGUGCAGCACCAGAGGGUCAUUCAAAGGUUUGUGAGGCAUCUAGCUCCGCCACCGCCACCGCCACCACCACCACCGAGUUCUAGUCAAUUUAUUCCACCCCUGCCAGUGCGCCCUUUUGGCAGCCCCCUUGGCUUUCCUGAGUUCGCUUCGCCUGUGUAUUAUGUUCCGGCUUCACAUUCAGAGACACUCAGGGGUGUGCCUUUUGUUCCACCACUUCCACCACAUGCUGUGUUUUUCCCUGCUUUGGACCCUCAUUUGCAUUCUAGCAUUGUCAAUCAGAUAGAUUAUUAUUUCAGUAAUGAAAAUUUAAUUAGAGAUACAUACUUACGUCAGAACAUGGAUGACCAGGGUUGGGUUCCAAUUACAUUAAUCGCAGGCUUCAAGAAAGUUUUGCUUUUAACUGAAAAUAUCCAACUGAUUUUGGAUGCUUUGCGAAGUUCAACUGUUGUAGAAGUACAGGGCAACAAAAUAAGGAGACGAAAUGAUUGGAUGCGAUGGAUAAUACCUCCGGGUCAAUUCUCUAAUGUUCCAAGCGUAAAGUCUGGUCAUGAUAAAUUGACUUCUAACUUUCAAAAUAUUUCAUUGGAGCAGAAGACCGUACCACAAUAAGCCUACCAUUAGUAGGUCACCAUCUGGGGAUUUGAAUGCUGGGACAAGUCAAGUCAGCCUUGGAGGGGGUUCAGGUUGCUCUAUUUCAGCCAGAAAUACAAGUUAGUAGAGUUUGGCAAGUGGUAAAUAAUUGGGUUGGGAGGGUUUUUAGGAAAAGGAUCAUUUUGAAUACAAUGGUUUUUCCUUGGCAUGAUUGAAGCUGAUUUCUACUGAGUCUUGCGAGUUAAAUAGAAAAUUAAAAAAAAAAAAAAGAAAACCAAAAGAAAAUUCAAAAAAAGAGGAGGAAAAAUAAGGGGAAAAAAAAAAAAACCUUGCAUGAAUGAGCUAGUAUAAUAGCAUGAGUCUUUUUGGAUGUUUGGUUUUGUUGGGCAAUCCCAUUCUUGUUGUCAUGUCAUGUUGGUGUUUUCGAAUGGGGAUUUUUUUUGUUAUGAAUCUUUUGGCCUUAGGUUGGUGAUGGAGCUCAGCUUAUGUUACCUUUACUAUUGCUCUUUCAUGUGUCAAUCUAUAAUUUCAUUCAUAUACAUUCUUCAAACCUCUGAAGAUUUUUAUUUCAUAAAGUGGUCCUUGGUGACAAACCCUUGUUACAAUUUUAUUUAUUAUAUGGAACUUUUGGAACUUAUAGAAA